ACAGCAUUCAGCUUCCUUUGUUCUCUCUCACAAGUAAUAGAAAUAGACUAUUACUAGUGCUAAUAUUAAUCCUUUGAAUUUAUUGCUUCGGCUCAACCAACUCUCCUACCUCUCUCUCCUCUUCUUCAGCCACCCUUUCCCUUUAUUAUUCCCAGAUUUUUCUUAGCUAUUAAAAACCGGAGUGUGAUUCGUGCUAGUAAGCUUCCCCUGGCCUGUACGAUUCUGAAAUCCAUUUCUGCACAUUCCGAUUUCACAAUGCCGGAAGUUUACACCGUGAAGGUGGCAGAGGCAACUCCGGCCACCGCUGAACAGCCAUCGGCGGGUCCUGUGUAUAGGUGCAUUUAUGCUAAAGAUGGUUUAAUGGAGCUUCCGGCCGACUUCCAUUCUCCAUGGCAGUUCUUCAGGGACUCUGCUAAGAGGAACCCGAGCAACCCCCUUCUGGGCAGACGUCAGAAAACCAAUUCGAAGGCGGGUCCCUAUGAAUGGGUCACAUAUCAGGAGGCUUAUGAUUGUGCCAUCAGAAUGGGCUCCGCCAUGAGGAACCGCGGUGUCAAUGCUGGAGAUCGUUGUGGCAUUUAUGGAUCAAACUGCCCCGAAUGGAUAAUUUCCAUGGAGGCUUGUAAUAGCUGUGCAGUAACUUACGUCCCACUAUAUGAUACCCUUGGUCCCAAUGCUGUGGAGUAUAUCAUAAACCACGCAGAAGUUUCAAUUGCAUUUGUACAGGAAAACAAGAUCCCUUCUAUUUUGUCAUGUCUUGAACAGUGUUCUUCAAAUCUAAAAUCCAUUGUGAGUUUUGGAAAUGUUUCAACCGAACAAAAGAAGGAAGCUGAGAAACAUGGUUCAGCCUGCUUCUCCUGGGGAGAGUUCCUCCAGCUGGGAAGUUUGGUGGGUGAUCUACCUUCAAAAAAUAAGACAGACGUCUGCACAAUAAUGUACACAAGUGGAACGACAGGUGAACCCAAAGGUGUCAUUAUUAAGAACGAGGCUUUUAUGGCUGAAGUGUUGUCUAUUGACCAAAUACUUUUAUUAACAGACAGAGUGGCAACAGUAGACGAUGUAUACUUCUCUUUUCUUCCUCUAGCACAUGUAUACGACCAGAUAAUGGAGAGCUACUGCAUCUACAAGGGCUCCUCAAUAGGGUUUUGGCAAGGCGACGUCAGGUUCAUGAUGGAAGAUAUUCAGACACUUAGGCCAACCAUAUUUUGUGGUGUUCCUAGAGUUUAUGACCGUAUUUAUGCGGGUAUCAUAAGCCAAAUUUCUUCUGGAGGGGCACUGAAGAAUAUGUUGUUUCAGCAUGCAUAUAACUACAAGUUGAACUAUCUGGAGAAGGGACUUCCACAAGACAAAGCAGCACCUCUGCUUGAUAAGCUUGUGUUUGACAAGAUAAAACAAGCAUUGGGUGGACGAGUUCGCAUCUUGUUAUCAGGAGCUGCCCCCUUGCCAAAGCAUGUGGAGGAGUUUCUUAGGGUCACCAUUGGAUCUACAUUAUCACAAGGAUAUGGUCUUACUGAAAGUUGUGGUGGGUGUUUCACAGCAAUUGGUGAUGUGUUUUCAAUGAUGGGAACAGUUGGGGUUCCCAUGACAACCAUUGAAGCCAGACUUGAAUCUGUUCCAGAGAUGGGAUAUGAUGCAGUUUCCAGUCAGCCACGUGGAGAAAUUUGCCUUAGAGGCAGCACCUUGUUUUCUGGUUACCACAAGCGUGAAGAUCUUGCUAAAGAGGUGAUGGUUGAUGGGUGGUUUCAUACAGGUGACAUUGGAGAAUGGCGGCCAGAUGGAGCCCUGAAAAUUAUUGAUAGGAAAAAGAAUAUUUUUAAGUUGUCUCAAGGGGAAUAUAUUGCGGUUGAGAAUAUUGAAAACAAGUAUUCGCAGUGCCCUCUAAUAGCAUCGAUUUGGGUAUAUGGAAACAGUUUUGAGUCAUUUCUGGUGGCUGUGGUGAUCCCAGAAAAAAAGGCACUUGAGGACUGGGCAGAGAAGCAUAAUGAGAGUGGUGAUUUUAAAUCUUUAUGUAAAAAUCCGAAGGCAAGAAAGUUCAUUUUGGACGAGCUCAAUACAACUGGUCAGAAACUCCAACUUCGAGGCUUUGAGAUGCUAAAAGCGAUUCAUCUGGAACCAAUCCCGUUUGACAUGGAGAGAGAUCUAGUAACUCCCACAUUUAAGUUAAAGAGACCACAACUGCUCAAGUACUACAAGAGCCAUAUCGAUAAACUAUACAAUGAAGUAAAGGAAAAGAAGGUAUGAAGCUGGAGUGAUAUGUUACAGUAUGAAGAUUUAUGGUGGUUUCUUGAUAAUAGAUUUGGUUGCUUGUCCACUUUGGUUCUUAUUUGAUAUAUUCACCGAAAAUUUGAAAAACAUACAUUCUUGUAUUUUUACAGCACCUAUGAAUUCUCAAUCUUGUCAAUAUUCUGUAAUAAAAUUUGAACCAUUCAGAUAAAAUUUGAAUAACCAUAA